AUGUCGGUCUUACUACCAUCAAACUUCUCACUUGCAACCAACGCGUCAGCGUAUAAUGGAGGUCUUUCCGUUUUCCCAGCUCCAAUUGCUCCUGAUGUUGUCCGCUGCUCCAGUUUCUUCUCGGGAGAGCGCCUGCUCGACGGGGAUAAAUGUCGAAGUACUUGGGAUCUCUUACCUCGUGGCAGCAACCAGUCCCCAUGGUUUACCAAUCCCGAGUCGAGUCCCGCAGGGAAAUUCCAAUCGCAACUUCCAAUUAAAAGAGGCGAUGAAAAGUGUCGCAUCAAAGUGUCUGCAUCGGGAAAACCCACGGAAGAGGUUAACUUUGCGGUCUACAUUUCCGGCAAUACUAUGCGCGAUAUGGUGGGACGGAUUAUCGAGGAGUGUGUUGGAGCCAGAGAAGAAUCACAACAGACACCAUGGGGAGGUGUUGGGACUUUGUCUAUUCGGCAGACCCUCGACUGGAUAGUGCAGCCGGGCACUAGGUUCCCAGAAAGUCUAGACAUACCAACGGGAACGACCUUCAUUACGGCCAUGGUGUAUUCAAACGAACGGCUCACUGACUACGAACCGGGCGCCCAGAGUAAGGUGAUCUCAAGAGUGCUCUUAGAUUGGAUAGAUGCCGCUGCCGGUAGGCUGCCUCAUGGCUCGCCAUUCUGGGGGGUCCUCGCCAACAGGUUCUUUUAUGUCUGGAAGGCGAACGAGGAUCAGGAGAGUGGUCAGGGAGGCAAAGGUGAGUUUCCGCAUUGGUGGGAUGAUGUGCAAGUUCCACCAAAUUUAGAGCGCGGACGCGCAAAUGGAACAAAAGGAGCUGGUGGUGCAGUCAGGAGUACUCUGAGGGACCUCAGAAAGACGCUCUUGUGA